UUGUUGGCAGCCAUGUUUUCCUCGAGCAAAGACAAGUCUUCACCAGCAGAGAUACUCUGGCUCCAUCUACAGGUCAAUGUACAGACAGAGAGCAGAGGUAAAUGGUAAGCCACAGUGGGAACCUACAGCGGCUAAACAACACCUGAAACAAAGCACGGUUGAUUUCAAACCCGAGAGUCUUAUCACAAGAAGAAAGCAGUAAGCCCUGGAUGCUCCGUGAUGUGUGAGGUAUUAAUAGUUCACAGUGGCGAGGCCCGAGAAUGGGCAGAUUAUCUCCAGCAGAUCCUGGCGGCCUCGUGUAGCUUUCAGGAGGGCUCUGUCAUUCUGUUUGAUGUGGAUAAAGAGCUUUGUCUGAAAAACUAUGGACCUUUCGGCUCCAGCAAGUGCAUCCUUCUUCUGCUGACCUCUGGGCUCAUGAACCUGCAGAAUGACUCUCUGGUGCUGGACACUUUUCGGGAUCUUCUUCACCCUCCGCAUAAAGUCGUGGCCUUUUUGUGUGGUGUUUCAGAAGACUUAAUGUCAGAGUAUUUUGACCACUGGGAGCAAUGGAGAAAAAUCUCUUCAGAAGAUGAGCCACAGGUUUAUGUGUCCACCAUCCUGGAGUCUAUUGAUGAGGGAUCUGUCCUGCAACCUCAGUGCCAGAAUACAUAUGAAAUCGAACUAGAAGAGCCCUUGGAGGACUUACCAUUGCCCGACUUUUCUGAGAUUUUACCUUUGCCAGAUGAGCUAAAUGAGCAUCAGCUUAAUGGGGAUGAAGUGUGUUCAUUUCCGCAGACCAGUUCAAAUACCUCUAAUGACCAAAUCUGCCUCUCCGUCCAGCCAGGCCGAAUACUGUGUGGGAGUGGUGUGAGUAUUUUUGUAAUGCUGGUGCAGAAGUGUGUGGAUGAGGACAGUGUGGAGGUGGAGUUUCACUCUCAGCAGUCGCCACCUCUGCGUCUGCCUGGAACUCUAGUCAACCAGUGCAUUGUUACUGUUCAGUCACCUGAUAUGCCAGCUGGGGAAGUAUCAUUGACUGUAUAUAAAAAUCAGUAUGUGUUAUGCUCAGCAACUGUAACAUAUUAUACAGAAAUGGAGGAAAUUAGCAGAUAUCUAAAGAAAGCAACUGAUCCAGUGCAGUUCAUGUGUCAGGCAUUUGAUAUCACAUCAAAGCUCCAAGAGUCGUUGGAUAAUUUGCUUGCUACCUCUCUUGAAGAACGGAUGCCUGUAAAUAGAUUACAAGUAUUCGGAAUUAGCCAAAUUGAAGAAAACACAGCAGCAAAUCACCGUGAUGUGGAACUCCCAACGCUGCUUCACUUUUCUGCCAAAUAUGGAUUAAAAAAGUUAACAUCUUUGUUAAUGCGGUGCCCCGGAGCCAUGCAGGCUUACAGUGUGAUGAACAAGGAUGGGGAUUAUCCCAACAAGCUGGCCGAGAAGAGCGGCUUCUCUGAUUUAAGACAGUUCAUGGAUGAAUAUGCUGAGACGGUGGAUUUAGUGAAGACGCACAUUGAGGAAUCUCAGACCGCCACAGAAAGUGAGGACAUCUAUGAGGAUAUGCUGAGAGCUUCCCAGAACUUCAUCUCUGAGUUCGAUAAUGAGGACAUUUAUGAGUCUAUGGUGAAGCUCAAUCCUGAGAUGGGCGAUGACUUAGAAAGUGCUUUGGAGGACUCCAACCCAGAGACAAUGCUCAGAAAGUUUUUUGAAGGACGACCUGAAAAGGGUUUUCAGUCCUUGAAACAUAAUUCAACUAAUGGUGGAUUGCCUGAAAUGGAUGAUGAGGAUUAUCAUGACAUGGGUGUUAAAGUGGAUGUCUAUGGAGAUUUUGAUGAGGAGGACCCUUAUAACCCCUGCUGCCCUGAGCAAAUUUAUGACACAGUGGAGCCUCAUUCCAGUCCUGAAGUGAUGAACCGUCCACCCGCACCCAUCCCACGACCAGCCAAACUGCCCGAGCCUGAAGAAAACACAACCUACAUUUCUAAAGUAUUUUGCCUCAAGGACCCUCUGUACUCGGUAAGCCAGCGACCAGAAAGGGAUCCCUCCUUAGCACCUGUGCGGCUGGUGAGAGACAGAGACAUGAGCAGUCACCAUGACCCAUUCGCAGGCAUGAAGACCCCAGGACAGAGGCAGCUCAUCUCUCUUCAGGAGAGGGUGAAGGUUGGAGAGCUGACCGUUGAAGAGGCCGUGCAGGAGUUCAAGGCUUGGCAGUUUGAUCAGGAUAAAAGAUGGCGCUCUUUACGCUUUCAACAAGAAAAUUUACACAGAUUAAGAGAAAGCAUCACCCGGCGCUGUAAAGACAAAGGAACAAAUGAGCUCAUGAUUACUGCUCCGAUGCAAACGAACGCUCAGUGGGGAUCUCAAGUGAAUGUAAACUGCUCAGUUUACGAACCCACACCUCGGACGGUUGUGCAACCCCCUUCUGUCAAUCGAGCGCCGCAGAGGGGAAGCUGGCAGACAGGAAGCACCUCCAGCACUUCUAGCAGUAGCAGUCACAGAUUGAGCAUUCAGAGCACAGUCAGCAACAGCAGUGGUGUGGACGGCGAAUGUGAGGAGCCUCCAGACAUUCCUCUUCCUCCACGUCCCCUGCGGCCUGUAGUGGACUCUCCUCCAAUCCUUCCUCCACCAAGAGUCCCUCCACGAGUGAUAGAAAGGAGCCCAGAAAUUCUGAACGAGCGUUACGUAUCGAAUCCAUCCCGCCCUGUUCCCCAGAAUCCUGCACAAAGACCUAUACCACCUCCGCCGGUACCUAGACGGACAUGGUGAAGGCCUGGCUUUCCUUCUGUGUGAAUCUGCACCUUUUCUUGACAAGUCUCUUCAAGAUGGAGCUAAAGAUGCUGGCUUUGUCUGAAUCUACUGCGCUGUCAGUCAGUGAUAUUGCAGAGGUUUUGUAUGAAGGCAUCUCUGAAGAAAACUACUUUGGCAUUUAGAUUCUUUUAACCCACUGCAGAAUGUGCAGGGGAUUGUGGGAUGUCAUAGACAGCAAAACACAUCUAUGAUACUGCCAGAUAGCAAACAGGAUAUUAUGCAAACAUCUUGACGCUGUCUUUUAAAAUCUGCCUGUGAAUGCAGCAUGUUUCAGCAUGCAGCAAGUUUCUGUCUCCGCAAAUUGAAGACCAUCCAGCAUUCUUUGAGUGUUUGAACUGAUCUAAACACAACUUGUAAUGCCAACUAUGAACUUAAUUUAUAUAUAUAUUAAGUGAUAUAUCGGUUUGUGCUCUUUGAGUGUUUUGUUAGUGACAGCAAAAAGCAAGCUUAAUAACUUGCUUUUUUCUUUUUUUAUUUCUGCAACUAAACCUCUUGUGCAUUGAUUAUAGCCAUAGCACAAACUCUACUUAAAGUUGCAUUAUUUUCUUCACUAUUUAUUUAUGUACUUUUUUUGAUAGCUAAGAUAUAUCUCACCCAAAGAGAAGCAAAGAAACGGAAACGGUGUAUUUAACAGCAUAAAGAGUGUGAAUGUGCAGUGUGAAGAGUAUUGAUAUGUGUGUGCGUGCUCAUGCAAUGUGCUCUAGCUAUCAAUUAAGAGGAAGGGGCAAAAGGAGAAAUGUUACAAAUGAAACAGAAGGAAAACCCACCAGUGAAUUGUUCACAACAAGUUGUAGAAUAAGCAAUUUGAAAAUAGAUAGUUCAUGUAUUUUUGUCAUUAUGUUGAGUGGAAAAUUGAUAAAUACAAACAUUAACAAGCAACUUUUUACAUUUUUUUAUAUUACAAGCAAAUCUAACAUGUUACACGUUUAAUAAAUGUAAAACCGUACUUGAGAAUCAAUCUUCAUGCGUUUGUUUGUAAACACUGACCUCUAGCGCGAGCUUUCGUAUAUGCUCGUACCUGCAUUUCUGCCGUGCUUUAUAACCUCACUGAUACGACAACGUGUUGAAAGUUACGGUUACUCAUGAUAUUUGCACAUUUGUGAACAAGAAGUCAUUUAUUACUUAUAUUACAUAUAUUACUUAUUACGUAGGCUAUUACUAAAAACAUUACUGUGUUUUUAAAUAUGCGUGCUUAUUUACAGCUGUGAUACGCUUAACUUGGGGGUAACCAUUACAAGUAUCGAGUUAAUAAUACUACUUUUCUAAGUAACGAGUAAAGUAACAGAUUACUUUUAAAAUUUAAGUAAGUUCACUAGUUACUUUUUAAUUGUUACUUUAUAAAAAUGUGAUUUAAUUGUUAGUUUAGUUAAUUCAUUUUAAAUAAUAAAUUGAUGAAUUUUCGUUGAAUCCCACAUGCAAUGGGAGAAUGCUGAAUCAGACAGAAACCAAGAUGGCAGAGCGUUACUUGUGAUAGAAAUAUUCUCAUUAUUUUGAACACAUGGAAGAAAAGGAAAAGAGGAUUGUCUGAAUGAACAGUGAUUUUACUUUCUUAUAAGACAAAAAGUACAACAGUAGCAAACGCAUUGCUUUUAAACUUUCUUUAAUCUGUAUAUAUGGCAUAUGUAGCUCUGGGGUCAGGAAGUUCUCUGAAGACAACAUUAUUCUACGUUCAUUUUUGUAUGUUUUUUUUAAGGGUAAAUGAAGGUUAUACAGUGUGCUGUAAUUGUGUGUAACCCCCCCCCCCCCCCCCCCAAUCCUCCAUAUAUGUCCCAUUACUUACCAUAAUAACUAAUUAAGUUACUUUUCUUGGGAGUACCUCAAUAUUGUAAUGCGUUACUUUCUAAAGUUACUUUCCCCAACAUAUGAGAUGUAGAACUAAUGCAUAAAACAGGUUUCUGCACAGCUCUCAUAACUACACAUGAGAAAAUGGGGAUUUUUUAAAAUUGUGGUGCCAUGAAAAGUCACGAAAUAAAAUAAAAUAAAACCUUGUAAUGCUAUUGCAAUAUGUUUAACUACGUUUUCUGUACAUUGGAUUUUAUUAAAUUGCAGAUUGUGCCAUACGUUUACAUAA